UUAUCUCGAUUCCCCAUCUUAUAGGCAUAAAGCAACUGUGUGUGAAAAGCAUACUGGAAUGCUAAGAAAGUCACCUCCCACAGUGACGCUACUGCUAAGGGAAUCCCCAAUUCUCCCCCGCCUCCUCCUCUCCACCCAUCUCAUCUUCUUGCCAUGGGCGUGAGCAACAACAUCACGGCCGUGCUCAACUUCGUGGGCCUGCUGUGCUCCGUGCCCGUGAUCGGCGCCGGCAUCUGGCUCGCCUCCAAGCAGGACAACGAGUGCGUCCGCCUCGCCCGGUGGCCCGUCAUCAUCCUCGGCGUGCUCCUCCUCCUCGUUUCCCUCGCCGGCUUCGUGGGCGCCUACUGGGACAAGCAGGGCUUGCUCGCUGCCUACCUCUUCUGUAUGGCCGCCCUCAUCGUCCUCCUCCUCAUCUUCCUCGUCUUCGCAUUCGCCGUCACCCGCCCCGACGGCUCCUAUCCCGUCCCUGGUCGCGCCUACCACGAGUACCGCCUCGCCGGCUUCUCCGCCUGGCUCCGCCACUACAUCACCGACCACUGGAUUCAGAUUCGCGCCUGCCUGAGCUCCUCCGACGUCUGCCAGAAGCUCGGCCGAGAUCAGCCCUACCUCACCGCCGAUCAGUUCUUCCAGACGGAUCUCUCGCCUCUCCAGUCAGGAUGCUGCAAACCACCGACGGUCUGUGGCUAUGGGUACGUGAACCCGACACUGUGGAUCAACCCGAGUAACCCCAUGGCGGACGUGGACUGCGCCCUCUGGAGCAACGACCAGAGCCAGCUCUGCUACAACUGCAACUCCUGCAAGGCGGGGCUGCUGGGCAACCUGCGCAAUGAGUGGCGCAAGGCCAACGUCGCGCUCAUCAUUGCCGCCGUCGUCCUCAUCUGGAUCUACAUCAUCGGCUGCUGCGCCUUCAAGAAUGCCCAGACCGAGGACCUCUUCCGCCGCUACAAGCGAGGUUAUACUUGAUGUCUUCCUGCGUUUCUCGUGGCUGUCUCUGCCGGCAACUACAGUAUCUUCGACUUCCAUCUUCUGCUUCAGCUUGUGUGCUAAAUUUUCAUUUCAAUUGGUCUAUAGUAGUGGCGAUGUACUACCGGUAGACGGGGGAAAUCAGAAGAGCAGGACAAACGUUGUGUGGGCUCUGUUGUAUCGUUUCGUUCCCACCCACAUAAAGCAGAGUUG